CCCCACCCUCGCAUGCACUCCUCUCUUCCUUGCCUCCAUCAUCAUCAUCAUCAUCCUCCUCCUCACCAUCAUCUCCUCCCUUCCUCUUGUGGAGUGCGACAAGAGGAUUUGACAUCCCGGAGCAACGUGCAGCAGCUGAGCAGCGAUGAUGGCCCCUUUGGUGCCGGCUUCCUGCUAGCGGAGGAGCGAGCGAAGGGGAACGGGACCGGCGUCCAAGACUCAACCUCAGCUGGCACCGGCGAAACCAGUGAGAAAGAGCGAAGGAACAUCAGAGAGGGAGAGAGAGAGGGAGUGCUCAGAGGAGAGGGAGAGAGAGAAAUAGAGAGAGAAAGAGAAGGUGGGGGGGCUGAGAACAGUCGAUGGAUGCUGUCCGGAUUGAAGGGGCAGCACGUUCUUCACUGACGAGGAAGGGAAAGAUUUCAAAAUUGAGUCGAAGGACAGAAACUCGCCAUCAGGCAUGGUGUGUGAGAAGGGGAUCCAGAUCCUCCUCACCACCGUGGGGGCAUUCGCUGCCUUCGGCCUGAUGACGGUGGCCAUAGGGACGGACUACUGGCUGUACUCCCGUGCCCUCAUCUGCAACAGCACGGCCAACGUCACCCAGGACGACCCUCAUAACAAGGACAAGAAGGACCCGGGGGCGCUCACCCACUCUGGACUCUGGAGGAUAUGCUGCCUCGAAGAGCAACAUUGCGGAGUGAGAAAGGGAGGCGGCCACUCAUCCCACGUGUGUCCAUCUGUCCCUCCGUCUGUGUGUCUUCAUUCCACCACUCCAUCUUAUCUCACAAUCAUCAGCCGUGUCAUCAUCAUGCGAGUAAAGCGGGGAGUGUGUUCUCAGAUCAAUCACUUCCCAGAGGAUGCGGACUUUGACCAUGACGGGGCCGAGUACGUCCUACGUGUGGUGAGGGCUUCCAACAUCUUCCCGAUCCUCAGUGCCAUCCUGCUGCUAUUGGGAGGCGUGUGCAUUGCUGCUAGCCGUUUCUAUCGGAGCAAGCGGAACAUCAUCCUGGGGGCGGGGAUUCUGUUUGUGGCUGCAGGUUUGAGCAACAUCAUCGGAGUCAUCGUGUACAUCUCGGCAGCCCUGGGCGACAUCUCUCCCAAGAAGGACGAAGACAAGAAGUGGCAGUACUCAUACGGUUGGUCCUUCUAUUUCGGCGGUCUGUCUUUCAUCAUGGCCGAAAUGGUGGGCGUGCUGGCGGUCAACAUCUACAUCGAGAAGAACAAGGAGCUGCGGUGCCGCUCUCGCACCGACAUCUUCAAGAGCACCACGCACGCCAUGCUGCGCCUACCCAGCUACCGCUUCCGUCGCAGGUCCCGCUCUUCGUCGCGUUCCACCGACCCCUCCCGCUCCCGAGACCCUUCGCCGGUGGGGGGCGGCGUGGGAAAGAACUUCGGUCUGCCCCCGUCGGCGCUUCUCUCCCAGGGCCCCAUCUCGGUGUCCACGCUGCCCAACCCGCACUCGCGCUCCCACGCGGCCUUGGCAGGAGGCGACAUCUCGCUCUACACGCUGUCCCGCGACUCCAAGAUGGGGAUUCUGCCGCCGAUGUACGGUACGGUGGAUCGGGCCACGCUCUACCAGCUCCACAACUGCUUCCCCAAGGAUGGCGUCGGGGGAGGCGGCGGCGGGGGCGUGAUGAUGAGCGGCACGUUGCCCUCGCUCAAGUCCCACAACCCUUCCAACUCUUCCAACUCCAACGUGCCGAUGUCCAACUCGGUGGGCUCCGGACCGCCCGCCUUCACCUCGUCCACGGUGGACAGGGAGCGAGGGAUGGGCACUCUGGACAGGCUGAAGGGAGACAGAGAGAGCAACUCCAACACCCUCAAUAGGAAGACCACACCUGUGUGA